GUCUGAACGACUUCAUUGAAUUGAGUACAGAUCCAAUGGGCGCAGUACAGUUACAGCGAAAGAGUUUAAUCUAGAUAAAAAGACGAAAAGGAGCAUCUGAGGGAAAGCGUCUCCAAAACCCAACAGGGAGCUAGUACUUUGGAAUAUAUUAGCAGGAAUGUCUGAAGUUAGUUUUGAGGCUGAUGCCGACCAGACCCAGGCAGAUGACCCUCGAACGGAUAACGAGGAGACCGUUAACUAUAACGAGGAAGCACUAACCGAUAACGAGGAGACACUAACCGAUAACGAGGACACGCAGAACAUUAACGAGGAAGCACUAAGUUAUAACGAGGACGGUCAAACGGGUGACAGUGGUGCCCAGAUGGAUGCUGGGGAUGUUGAAAAAGAAUAUGAAGAUGUUCAGAUCCAUGAUGAGGACGAUAACGAGAUCCAUAACGAGGAGGCUCGAAAACAUGACGGGGAAGAUGCUGUGAUGGGCAGUGUUGACACUCCGAAAGGAGAGGGUCAUUCUCAAAAGGAUUCUGAAGAUGCAGAACCUGAGGGAAAGGCAGAGAUGGCCGAAGACUCUCCCAGGAGCGCGGCCGCCGAGAUCCCGGUGACCAGCAACGGCGACGCGGAGGAGGGCCUCGGAGACGUCUUCCAGAGCGAUCCUUCGCUCAGCGGGGGGAUGAGUCUGUCGGACACGCACAUCACGUCCAGCAACUUCGGCUCGACCACAGAGGGAAUCAUCGAGGCAGGACCGUAUAAAGGAUCCAUAAGCCAGCCCACCUCCCCCGCCGUCUUCCCCAGCACCGCUGUGGCAAGCAGGCUGGCUCGCUCAGUCAGCGACAGCCAAACCGAGACAGGCAGGCCGAAUACGCAGGCCAAGGGCGGGGCCCUGGUCCUGUCGGACGACCUGAAAAACCCCGCCAUGGAGAAGCUGGAGCUGGUGAGGAAGUGGAGCAUCAACACGUACAAGUGCACCAGGCAGAUCCUGUCGGAGAAGCUGGGCCGGGGCUCUCGCACGGUGGACCUGGAGCUGGAGGCCCAGAUCGAGGUGCUGCGGGACAACAAGCGCAAGUACGAGCACGUGGUCAAGCUGGCGCAGACGCUGGCCUCCCAGCUCUUCCAGAUGAUCCAGACGCAGAGGCAGCUGGGGGACGCCUUCGCCGACCUCAGCCUCAAAUCGCCUGAGCUCCACGAGGAGUUCGGCUUUAAUGCUGAUACCCAAAAACUCCUGUCGAAGAACGGAGAGACGCUGCUGGGCGCCAUUAACUUCUUCAUCGCCAGCGUGAACACCCUGGUGGACAAGACCAUCGAAGACACCAUGAUCAACAUCAAACAAUACGAGACGGCCAGGAUCGAGUACGACGCGUACCGCACGGACCUGGAGGAGCUGAACUUGGGGCCGCGGGACGCCACCACGGUCCCCAAGAUCGAGGCGUCCCAGCAGCUGUUCCAGAUGCACCGGGAGAAGUACGAGAAGAUGCGCAACGACGUGUCCGUCAAGCUGAAUUUCCUCGAGGAGAACAAGGUGAAGGUGCUGCACAAUCAGCUGAUCCUCUUCCACAACGCCAUCGCCGCGUACUACGCCGGGAACCAGCAGCAGCUGGAGCAGACGCUCAAACAGUUCCACAUCAAGUUGAAAAUGCCCGGGGGGGACAGGCCGUCCUGGCUGGAGGAGCAGCACUAAGGGCCCUCAGUGCCCACACACACCCACACACACCACCGCCGGGGCCCCCGAGGCCCUCCAACACCGCCCCCCGCGGGGGCCCGACGGGACGGCCCCUCGCCGACCGCACUCCAGACGCAAACGUGCACCCCCACACCCCCCCCUUCCUGUCCCAAACCCAGAUAAGGGGGGGGGGGGGGACUCAAAAAAUAAAUAUUUAUAUAGUAUACCUAAUUUUCUCUCUGAGCUGGAGAUUGCAUUUUAUACUGUGUGAUUUAUCUGUCUCUGCGGAGGAGGUGGUUCUGCACUGUUGAGAGCAGCGACUCUUUCCCUCCCUGGUUCUUUCUUCCUCCUCGCUGAAGAAUUGAACUGUCACAGUUGGCGGAAUUGGAGGGUGUGUGUGUGUGUGUAUAUGUGUGUGUGUCUCCAGUGGGGUUAGGAUCUGAUUAACCCAGUCAGGCUGGAUGCAUUAGAUGAAUUGGAUACGUGCACAUUGUCAGUGCAGUGAUUCAGCUCCUGUGAUAGGACACAACUGUGGCUCUUCAUUCUGCACUCCCUCUUUACAACUUCCUGUUUUUUGCGAAAGAUAAAGAAAAAAAAAAUCGAUAUAAAUAAGAAAAAGUUUUUUGUAAUUCUUCUCAUGGGAUUGGAGGACCUGCCUUAAAAUGCAUCUUGAUGUGCCUUUUGAUAUAUAAUAUAACAUGUAUUAUAUAUGUAUAUGUGUGCGCGUAUCAGUGUGUGUGUGUGUGUGCGUGCGUGUUUGAUGUGUUAGAACAGCACAUGUUCUCAGUCAGAUUCUUCAACAUUCCGUUCAGAGGCAGUGCAAGGGGACCAAAAACCAAUGUACAAUUACGCACACGCAAUCACUCACACACGCAAACACGCGCACACGCAAACACGCACGCUCACAGACAGACCAGCAAACACUUUCCACUUCCACCCAUAGGAGCCUUUUCGAUAGCAAGCCUGAGUAAGACUAUCUCUAUGUUCAUAGCAAACUUUUACACGUAUGUAUUCUGACUAAUAGCAAACUUUACUGUACGAUAUGUAAACCGAAUGGAGUUGACUUUUUCGGAAACUGUGUUUGUACAGAAAGGACCAACGUUUUCUGCCCGCUCUGCUGAUAUCCUCUCUGUUUGGUUUGGGUUUUUAUCCCCCCCUCCCCCCUCCCCUCACCCACUAAGUGGGACUGCAGUGUGCAAAAGCCCCAUUGCCCCCUCCUGGUUUCCUCGUUUUGUCAGUCGUAUGAAUCGUACAGCAUUGUAUAUGCAGUAUACAGCCUUGUGUACAUUGAUGCUAUGUUUACUGACAGAAUUAUAUGAUAUAUAUAAUUGUAUAAAUUAUAUAUAUAUGUAUAAAUAAUGAAUUUCCUGUAUUUACCUGGGAUAUGAACACAUUCACAGUCAUGGGCAUUUUUUCAGCAGAUAUCACUGGUCCAGUGUGCCUCUUACCAUGGAACGUGCUGAUUAAGUGAAGAGCGGGGCUUUUGAAUGUUGUAUUUUUUUUCCCCCUUGAAAUUUGUAACAUCUUGGAAGAACUCAUUAAAAACAAAUUUUAUUCCAAAAAA